UGUAGGCAGCUGGCCCAGGUACGUCACUUGGCCUCUGACGCACUGUGUCCCCCAGAGCAGGGCAGACUUCCUGAGCCGUGCAGGACACCAGUCCCUCCAAAAUGAAGGUCUUCUUGCCGGUGCUGCUGGCUGCCCUCCUGGGUGUGGAGCGAGCCCACUCCCUGGUGUGCUUCUCCUGCAAGAAUCAAAAGAGCAAUUUCAACUGCCUGGCACCGACCAUGUGCUCCAGCUCGGACAACUACUGCGUGACCGUGUCCGCCUCAGCUGGCAUUGGGAACAUGGUGGACCUUGGCCGGACCCUGAACAAGUUCUGCUCCCCAAUCUGCCCCGGCCCGAGCAUUAACCUGGAGGUGGUGUCCGUGAGCACCCACUGCUGCCAGAGCUUCCUGUGUAACAUCAGUGCGGCCGGCGGGGGGCCUCGGGUCAGUGCCACCGUGCUGGGCGGCGGGCUCCUGCUCAGCCUGCUGGCAGCGCUGCUGCGGCCCGGCCUCUGACUGAGGGGCCGUGUGCCUCCCGACAUCCCCGUUCAGGAAGGAAAUCCCACCCCGCCCCCCAGACCCCUGACCCCAGCAGGAUGUCCGAGUCUCCUCUGACUCCUACCCUACCCCGUCCCACCUCGGCCCAGGUCCCCACGGCCAGGGCCUACCUUGCGCUUGGACCUGCCCCAUGAGAAGCCAGCUGCCCUCUUCCGGGGAAAUGAUGUGACCUCCAGGGCCCCGGGAAGGGGUAAGGCUCCCUGUGGAGCCUGAGGGUCCCAGGAUCAGGGCUGAGCCCACUGCCACUGGACAUGCCAGGUGUGGCAUCGGUGCGCGUGGGGGGGGGCUGCUGUGGGAGGGUGGGCGUGUUUUUUGUGUGCACGGGUGUGUGUGUUUGCUCCUUGUUCCUUUGCAGGAGUUAGUAGGGGAGAGUUUGCUUGGGGGAGAGGGGGCUCCACCACCCAAGCCUGUUUUCUCUGGCAUCUCCACCCCCCCCCACCAUGUUUCACUCAUGUCAAGGGUAGCUUCUUAGGGUGCAGGGGCUCCCACUGCUUCCUGACCCAGUAAUCUGCCCCCACCUACACAUCCGCCUGAGCCCCUGCAUGCCCUGAACAUCCCCACCACAUUCCACCCCCUGCUUCCUCGGUGCCUCAAAUAAACAGAUGUUUCCACUGCUGA